UUGCACAGCUGGCAGUCGCAGACGAUUAGCAGAAGAGGGAUCUGUAACCUGCAAAGUCCGUUCUUCAGAGAUUGUCCGAUGUGGCGGUUACUAGUAAUUUAUUCGCUUUGUGUGGUGUUCCAAGGUGCCAAUGCAUCCGUUGAGGAUUAUUAUUGUGGCGAGAGCAACUGCUAUGAUCUGUUGGAAAUAACAAGGGAAGCAACCAAACAAGAUGUUAAAAGAGCUUUCCGAGCAGUUGCUUCCAAGACUCAUCCAGAUAAAUUUCAAGAUCCGGAAGAGAAGAAACUUGCUGAGGAAAGGUUUCGACUUCUCUCAACAGCGUAUGACAUCCUUCGAGAUGACGAGGCUCGUGAAGACUACGAUUAUAUGUUGGACCAUCCAGAAGAAUUUUAUCGUAAUGUUUACAGAGCUUGGAGGAGGAGGAUGGCUCCACAUGUGGAUGUCAGAAUAGUUCUGGCCGUCACAAUUUCGCUCAUAUCAUUAGUGCAGUAUUAUAAUGGAUGGGUGAAGUAUGAUGAAGCCAUUAAAUACUUCUCUUCAGUUCCGAAAUAUCGUUUGCAAGCUAUUGAGCUGGCCAAGCAAGAGGGGUUGAUUACAGGUGAGAAGAGGAAGCAGAAAGGAAAGUCGAAGGAAGAAAUAAAAGAAAAUGAGGAAAAGGCCAUUCGUUAUGUUAUCGAACAAAAGAUGGAUAUUCGUGGUGUUUAUGCAAAGCCAACAUAUAAGGAUAUAUUAUGGGUUCAGUUGGCCUUUUUGCCCUACUGGAGUGUGCAGUACAUGGCGUGGUAUUUGCGAUGGGUAUGGAAAUUCAACAUAAUGAAACAUCCUUAUGGAGUCGAAGAGAAAAACUAUAUCAUAAGGAAGAACAUGGGAAUGAGCCAUGGACAGUAUGAGAGUCUGGAGGAUGAAGUCAAAGAGGAUUAUUUAAGGCUAGAACUAUGGGUAAAAGACAAGUAUGUUGCAUGGAAAUCUGAACGUGAUGAAGAAAUGAGGCUGAGGAAGGCAGAAUCAGGUCGUUACAAGUCUUAUAGACGGUGGUUGAAAGCCAAUGGCCCUGGACGCAUAUAUUUUGAUGACUCCUGAAUUUUGUGGGGUCAUUGUAAAUGUUAUUAUGAUAAGAUAGGUUUGUGUGGUUGGUGAUAUUUUCUGGAUAUUUAUUUGUAAUAUUUGCAUCCUGUAUUAGUAGGUGUGUGAUCUCUUCCCCCUGAUUUCUUUUAUGCACUUUUCUUUAUCAUGUAGGUUAUUCAAAUGCCUUCCAUGUAGCAGGGAAUAUUCAGAAUUUGCAAGCAGGAUCUUGCAUUCAUGCACAGAAUGAGAAAUAUUUUAUUAAUUUCUAGAAAACUUACUUAGUUUUUGUCCUUUUUGAAAUCUGCUGUAGAGAAGUUUAUUUGAUUGCUUUGGCUUAAAAUGAUAAAGCUUCAUACUUAAUUGUCUUUUACUUUAAUAAUACCUUGGAUUUCAUUAUCUAGCUUGGUGUCUGUAUUAUAUUUUUAAGUAUGUUUGUGUAUUAUAGUAUAUUAACAAAAUAUGUAAAGGGUAAAAUAAAGUCAUGACAUUCAACAUGUACUUUACCUCAUUAGGCUUUGUAAAGUUCAUCUUUUCUUUUGGGCCUAAGGUGUAAAGUUCAUCUUUUCUUUUGGGCCUAAGGCAUUGACACUUAUUCAAAUGAUAAAGUUUUAAAGUUGUAAACCCCUGAACAGUUGUUGCUGUGAUUUAACUCUGUCUCAAGCAUUCUUUGAAAAAUGAGUAAACCGAGGUACUGUAACUAAUUUCAGAUUUGCUGAAAGGACAACUUUUGGAUAGCAACCUUCCUUAUCUCUCAUGUUUUGAUAAAAAUUGAAAUCAUGGCUUUAUUCAUUAGUUUCUCAGAUAAAUGGAUGAUUUUUGUUCCAGAAUUUAUUUUACCUUGUACUCAGUAUUUUACAAGUCUUCACAGUGGAUGGUAUGUACAGUAUAUCAUAUGAUGUAAUUACUUAUUGCUGGUGGGGUACAACUAACUUACUUGAAAGUUACAUGCAUUGGAUACCAGUAGUUCAUCCUUUACAUAGUGAAUUACUUUACUAAGGAAAGCAUAACAGCAGUUUUGUGUAUUUAAAGAAGACUUCAUACAUAUAUGAAGUCAGAGGAGGAGCAUUUCACCUCAUUUCAGGUGAUUAAUUAAAUGUUACGUGUUGAUGGAGCAAAGUUCUCAGCUUGUAAUUUUGAAAAUUUUCUGUUGCUGUUUUGCAUUAGUUUAUUGAGGGUGAAGGAAUUGUAACUUUUGAAUCUGAUCCCUCCAUGUUUGUUUUUAAUAUAGAAAUAGAUUUUGUACUGGAAAUAUAAAAACCAAAUGUUUCAUGUGAUGGAAAUAGACGAAUGUGUCAACUCACUUUAAGUUUUGCCGAGUUAAUAUUUCAUAAACAGUCAGUUUUAUCUGUUGAAGUUUCUUUUGUGCUUGUUAUCUUUGCCAAUCACAUUUUUUUAUUCUUAAUUAUACUUUUAUCAAAUCAAGUUCUUGACCAGAAGUUCUGUAUUAUGUAUUCUUCUUGUUUUCAGGAUAAUCCAUUACAUUUCAAGUGGUUACUUUCUCUGAUGUUAUUAGCAAAGUAUCUGUGAAGGAUUUUUAUGUAUUUAUUUAGCACUGAUUUUUGCACAACAUAUUGCUGUUGGUUAAUUCAUGCACAAAAUGGUAUUAUAUUUGUGUAUCUGCCAUAAAUUUUAAGUAAAGCAAAAGAAAUGUUCUUUUCCAGACAGUUAUUUAUAUCUUUAUUUUGAAACUGCACAGUUAUGUCAUUGACAUGAAUAGGCAUAAUUUUUUUCUGUAGCCUGCCAGGCU